AUGGAUUUGCGUCUUUGGGUCGUUUUUGUUAUUGAUUCCAUCCUAUGGUCCGUGAUCAUCUCACCCUUGAAUCUCGUCUCCAGAUCUCAUUAUGGAAGCGAGACUAACGCAUUAGCCACAGGCUUUCCCCAGGCGAUUGGCACGUUCCAAGCUUAUUUACAAGAGAACCAGCUAUCUGAAUACGCAACUCGUGAUCUCGGGUGGAUUUCAGGUCUUUACACAGCACUCACAUUAUUCUUGGGAAUACAAGCUGGGCCUAUCAUAGACCGCUUCAGCCCCAUGGUCGUAGGCCCCAUAGCCACUGCUCUGACGAUUCCCAUGUUCUUCUUGCUCGCGGAAUGUACUGAGUACUGGCAUUUUACCUUGUGUUUGGGUAUCCUUGGCGGUAUCGGUGGUGCUCUUGCUUCGACAAUUGCGCUAUCCAUCGUUGGAAAACUCUUUACCCGGCUUCGGGGCCUGGCCAUAGGAUUGGCUCUCAACGGUUCCGCACUCGGGGGCGUCAUAAUACCAUUCAUGUUGAGAGAACUGUUUCCAACCUGGGGCUACACAUGGACAAUAAGGUUUCUUGGUAUACUCAUGAUUGGUAUAAUGAUCCCGGGUUGUGCGUGCUACAUACCGUACAUGAAGAUGUACAACCUGCGUAUUCGCAACCUCCAGACAAACAUCACAAGGCAGCCGUCCAAUGUUUCAGACGCUUCUGUUACUCCCUGUGACCCUGCUAGAAAGUCUGGCGCCAGCGCUGCCAUCAAUUUCAAUGCUUUCCGGUCGCAAACAUUCGCCGCCGUCGCAGCAACCUUCUUCUUACUCGAAUUCGUCAUAUUUGGCACUUCCGGCAGUUUGCCUACUCUUUCUCUGCAGGCAGGCAACUCUGUUGAGACGGGCUACAACCUUAUUGCCAUUAUUAAUGGAAGUGGUUGCGUCGGCCGUAUUGUGUCGGGCCUUUUGGGAGAUAAAUACGGUCAUUGUAACACCCUGUUUCUCGCCAUCGUGUUGACAGCAAUUUGUGUGGGGGCUACCCUUGUGCCUUUCGGUGGUACACAAGUGAGCGCGCUGUAUGCUUUUGCUACGCUGUGGGGGUUGGGCUCCGGUUUCUUCUCAGCCCUCAUCCCAGCUUGCCUGGGGGAAACCUGUGGGCACAAGGACUAUGGGCAGUACCUUGGAACCCUUAAUUUCACGAUGUUACAGACAUUAGGAGGCCAGGCACUUGCAGGUCUGUCUUUGCUAGUGAACUCGUGGACGUCUUUUCAAACAAGAGUUUGA